AUGCCACCUCCAGACGAAGAUGAUUGGUCGGACUCGGAUGAGGAACUCGGUUCGGAGGUGGAAACGUCCGUGCUAUUGGGCAUCUCAGAUGGACUUAUCACAUCAGUCAAUGAACUUGCUGAUGCAGCUGUAUCUCGAAUAGGUGGACAUCCUGCUUUUCUUCCUACCAACGAGCCUCCUAUAUCUUCGUCCCAAUGCAAAAUCUGUUCAUUCCCCAUGGAGCUUUUGGUCCAGCUGUGGUGUCCAUUUGAGAACAGUCCCAUGGAUCGCGCUCUAUACGUCUGGGGUUGCGCGAACCCCGGCUGUCAGCGAAAAGAUGGCAGUGUUCGCGCUUGGCGAGGCUUGCGGUUCAAUGAAAAAUAUGCUGCUAAGCUACAAGCAAAGCUUGCUCGCAAACAAGAGCAAGAGGAAACCAAGCGUCUAGGAGAAUUGGCUAAAGUAGCUUCAAAAACGAAUCCGUUCUCUGUAACGUCGACGGAAACCACUAGUCCAUUUGCUUUGGGAGCUCAGAUUUUUGGAGAUUUGGCGUCUGGUGCCAAUUUAUCCAACGAAACGGUCCAAAAAGAAUUGUCAGAAGACGAAGAAUCGGAUAAUGAAUCAGCCACAUCGGAGCAAACUCUCCUCACAGCAAUGACCAACGCAACGUUGUCGGAAUCUCCCUGGGCAGCCGCAUCGGCAUAUCUGCCCCCGCUUUAUCUCUCCACGGCAUCGGAAUACCUUCCCCCAAAACCAAAAGCCAAAGUUCCGUUUGGCGCUCAAGUCUCCGAACUUGCCGUAGAAGAAGGCGGGAAAGAUAUUUCAUGGGCUUUUGAGCCUUACGAAAACUCUUUGGAAGUAGAUCAAGUAUUUGAACGGUUUAUAAAACGUGUUGGUUACGAAGGAGAGCAAUGUAUUCGCUAUGAAUUAAAUGGAACCCCACUCCCCUUCUCAUCCGACAAAAUAUUUGAAUCAUUAUUCCCCACCCCUAGUUCGGAUCCACUACCAGUGACCAAACCCGACUUUAAAGUUGUUUUUCCACAAAGACGGACUUAUUCUCCAUCCUCAAGCGUCCUCUCGCCGUGCCCGUCAUGCAAAGGAAAUCGUGUUUUCGAAUGUCAGUUGAUGCCCAAUUUAAUCAACAUCCUUCGCGGCGUUGAAAGCAAUUCGAAGAAGCUUUCUGACGAAGAGAGACGAGCCGCUGUUCAAAAAACUCUCAAAGGAGGUUCUGAGAAGGGAAUGGAAUGGGGGACAUGUAUGAUUUUUUCAUGCGAGAACGACUGUCGGAUCGAUGCAGUUGGGAAAGAGGAGAAGGACGUAUGGCGGGAGGAACUAGUUCUUGUACAGUGGGAUGUGUAA